AUGACAAUCGAUUACAGACAAAGAUGGGUACAAGAUCUUCCACCUCCAGGUGGUUAUGAACCAUUACCAUUCGGUAGACAAACACCAAAGAUGGUUAGCGGCUACAAAAUAUUUGCUGGUGUUGGUUUGGUCAUCUCUAUUGGAACUUAUUUAUUCAUUAAUCAAAGACUUCAAGAUUUGAGAAACGAAGAAGAAGAAAGAAGAAGAUUAACAAAGAUUUUACCUAUUAUUCAAGCUGAAAACGAUAUUAUGUUCCUUGGAUCAGCACAUGAAAAUGUAUAUCAUACUAGAUGGAUGCCACCUUCAAUCGAUAGAUGUGGUGCUUUCAAGAUCAUUCCACAGUCAUGGGUUGCUGAAAAGAAGCAACACCAUGGUGGUCACCACUAA